AUGCUCGUCCGCUUGGUCUUGGGGUUGGCGGCGGUGCUCAUCCUACCACUCUCAAGUGGGUACACCUACGAGCAGGAUGGUACUCUCUCAGUUGACUCUGGCGUCAUUCAUUUCACUGUAGAAUCCCUUAUUUCGGAGAAAAAUCGUGAAUAACGAAAAAUGAGGAGGGUUUCAUGGGAUCUGGGAAUCAGACUCAGUUGCAGAGCUUCUGCCCUCCAUGCCUUCGUCAUAUUUAACACAGUUUUUGGUUGGGGGUGUGAAUUGAUUAAAUGGUGCUGAUAGUGCAUGAGGCCUUACCCCUGAGGAACGCUGUUGAAGAACUUUAAUGUGGCGGCAGAUUAUUUCCUUGACCCUGUUGCUUCUCUCCUAGAUUUAGGAGCCUUAUGAAUGCAUCCCUUUGUCUGGUCUUUCUCUGAUCUUGUGUUUCUUUCAGUGUUUGCCAUAAACAGUCUAUAUGUUUCGCUGGGCUCGCCUCCUCUGCCGGGAUGGAUCCCCAACGGAGGUGACCCCUGUGUGGAGGGCUGGCAGGGAGUCCAGUGCGUUGGCCCGAAUAUAACCGGAAUGUAAGGCAUUCUCCUCUUGGGUGUUUCACAGACAUGUUCUAUGCAGUUCUUUGACCGGGGGAGGGGGGGUUCCUGUUCUUCGCAGAAUUCUCAAUGGAGCAAAUUUGGGAGGAAAUUUGGGGGAUAAAUUGGAGAACUUCUCUUCCAUAAUAACAAUGUGAGUGGUUCACCUUUUCGUGAUAAUUGCAUUCAUGAUGGCGCUCUUCUUCUUCCUCCAGCAAGGGCUGGGGAUAAGUGGAUGCUGGAUGGGCAGAGCAUUGAUUUUAUUUACUCAUGUUUUCUUAUGGUGGAUGAGGCAGUGAUCUGAGCAAUAAUCACAUCGGAGGAAAUAUACCAGAAGGCUUGCCCACUACCAUGCAACGCUUGUAGGUGUUCAUGUCCUCAAAUCUCCUGGUCGAAACUUCCAUGCGCUUCUUCAGUGGGAGCCCACUUUUCUCAGUCAGAGUUUUCUGUCCUUUUUUCCUCCAGUUUUCUAUCGGACAAUGCAUUCACUGGGAGCAUCCCGAGCUCAUUAUCUCGCCUGGGAAGCUUGACAGACAUGUAAGCUUGGUGGAUUUGAGUUGCCUGUUCGGGGCCACCGCUCUGAAUUCUGACGAUUCAGGGUGUAUCCUUGUGGUUGAUAAUCUUUUCUCUAUUCACCUUCUCGUCAGGUCUUUAGGCCACAACAUGCUGACGGGAGCUUUACCAGAUGCUUUCCAGCCUCUGACUGGGCUCAUAAAUCUGUGAGUUUCCUACGAUUUGGUUCUGAUGAAUGCUUCUGGUCUCUUAUGGCGCGGAUCGAUUAUUUUCUCCAAACGCUUUUAUGAGCUCAGGCUGCUCUUGUGCUGAGCUUCUUCUCUACGGUUCCCUCUCUCUCCAGGGACCUGUCGUUCAACAAUCUGAGCGGCCAACUGCCAGCCUCCAUGGACAGCUUGUCCUCCUUGACCACCUUGUGAGUCCCCCCAAAAGAUUCUCAGUAUUUUUUUGACCGAAACUUGCUGAAAUCUGGAUGCCUCUGCAGACACAUUCAGAGCAACCAGCUCUCAGGGGUCCUCGAUGUUCUGCAGGGCCUUCCGCUCAUGGAUCUGUAAAUCCUCCUCACCGUCCCCUCUGAGUUCUCUUAGCUACUCUCCGCUCAUUUAGGGAAUCCUUUCACCGAAUGGUAAACCUUAAUUUUUAUUUUUAUUUCUGUUCCCGCAGGAACGUAGCGAAUAACCUCUUCUCUGGGCCCGUGCCCACAAAGCUGUAUAACAUUCCAAGCUUCAAGUAUGCAUCUCCCUUGUUUUUUGAUGCUUCGAGCCCUUGAGCAUAGUGCAUGCUUUCCUCCCUUUUGAUUCAGUUUGUCAUAAUUGCCGCAGGUCGGAUGGUAAUCCAUUGAACACGACUGCUGCACCGUCGUCUUCUCCGCCGUCCCCGUCCUCGGGGCCACCAGUUCCUCCGGCAGCACCGUCGAAGCCUGCCAGCGGCCCAUCUGCGGAGGACAAUAACCCUCCCGUUGAUGACAGCAGUAGCAGUAAUAAUGAUGAUAACAGGAAGAAGAAACUGUCCACCCCGAGAAUCAUCGGGCUUGCAUUUGCCGGAGCAAUCGGCAUUGUGAUAUUGGUCCUAGCGAUGAUAUUGAUCGCAAACUACUGCUUAUCAAAGCAUCGGGAGAGAAGGCUGACGCAAGAGAGUGCGGUGAAGAAGCAGGAGGUCGGGGCACGUGCAAGGCCCAGGCUGGAGCUCGGAGGCCGCGAUUCUCUGGUUCUGCCAAGAGGUGAUAUUUCCAGCCAUGAGGUCCACAAAGGUACGACCUUUGAAGUUUGCUCUAUCCGGCUUCAUGGUGGGUGAAGUCUAAUGGCUUGCUCAAUUGCAGUGGCGGUCCCGAAGGAGGCAUCUGUGAAGCAACCGGAAGAGUGGGGGAUCGAGAAACUGGUUCCCGCCUCUGUGGCCCCUCCGGCCCAGUUGGCGGUGGUGGAACCACCCCCCGUAGAGGAGACGAUGAGGGUGCCACCUGAAGGUCGGGAGUCGCCGCCUGGGCCAGUGGUGAAGCUGAGCCCACCGACUUCUGUCGCCUCCUUCUCUGUGGGUUCUCUUCAGCAGUACACGAACAGCUUCAGCGAGGAAAACAUCCUGAGAGACAGCAGGCUGGGCAGAGUUUACCGUGCAAGGCUUCCCGAUGGAAAGGUAUUGAUUGCCCUGACCAACUUUGCCCACAGCUGGAUAAAUGGUGACCCCUCCUCGUCAAUUAAUCCUCGCAGUGUGCCUGCUUCUUCUUCUGCCUCCCAAGAAGGCAUUUGUUUAAGAAAUUUCUUGUAUCACUUUAUCAGAAUGGACUGUCUCUCUCUCUCUCUCUCUCUCUCUCUCUCUCGCUCGAUGGAUGUGAGCAUAAACCUGCUGUUGGGUGGGUUGCAGAGUGAUGAUAAUUUUCCCGUUGUUCAGCAAUUAGCGAUUAUGAAGCUGGACAACGUGAACAACUCCCUUCCAGUGGAUACUUUCCUUGAGAUGGUGCUGGGCAUCUCUGAGCUCCGGCACGCCAACAUUCUCAAGCUGGUGGGUUACUGCGCCGAGCAUGGGCAGCGGCUGCUGGUUUAUGACUACUUCAGCAGAAGAACCCUUCACGACGUCCUCCAUGGGGAAGAGGAUCUCAAGAGGAAGCUGUCGUGGAAGGCCCGCAUCCAAGUGGCCCUCGGAGCUGCCAGGGCCUUGGAGUAAGAUCUGAUGCGCUCUCAUGUUUGGAACAUUAUUGUUUUUGUUUUCUGACGAUAUUUCUCUGUUUUAAUGGGGAAGGUACCUCCAUGACUCCUGCGAGCCGCCCGUGGUGCAUCAGAACUUCGAGUCCUCCAACAUUCUUCUGGACGACGAGCUCGCUGUGCGCGUCUGCGACUGCGGCCUCUCUCCCCUGCUCUCAUCCUCGUCGGUGACCCAGGUGGGGGACGAUCGGCGAGCUCGAUGCCGUCGCAUCUGAUGGGGGUUGGUGUUCUGACGCGACGUUAUCUUGCUGAUCUCAGUUGUCAGGGAAGAUACGUUCAUUCAGCUACGAAGCGCCCGAGAUCAACGAGUCCGGGUCGUACACAGAGCACAGCGACAUCUACAGCUUCGGAGUCGUGAUGCUCGAGCUUCUCACGGGGCGUAAACCCUACGACAGGUGAGCUGAUGCCACAACAAUAAUGCCCUUCUAUCACACCAGGAACUGAAAUACAAGGGCUAAUCGUGUGCUUCUUUCUCUCUCCGUGUGUCUUUGUUUUCUUGAAAUUCCGAAGUUCGCGACCUCGAGGGGAGCAGUAUCUGGUGAGAUGGGCGAGCUCUCAGUUUUACGACAUCAACAUGUUGACGAAGAUGGUGGAUCCCUCCAUUGAUGGGAAGUAUCCGGAGAAGUCUCUGUCUCGCUUUGCGGACAUCAUCAGCCGCUGUGUUCAGGUGCGGUUUCCUCUCUCACUGCCUCGCGGUUGAAGCUCCGACAUGAUCUGCGCUGCCUUCUAGCUCGCCUUUUUUGGUGUGCGGCCGGCGGCUUGACAUCAUUCCUUGGCUCUUGCAGAAUGCCCCCGAGUUCCGGCCGCCGGUGUCGGAGGUCGUCCAAGAUCUGGUGCGGAUGGUGGAUGAAAUGAAGGAGGCCGCAGGUGGGAGCUCCACGCCGGUUUAG